CAUGAAUUUAAUCAACUCUCUCUCUCUCUCUCUCUCUAUCUCUGACUAAGCUGCCAUUGGGGGCACCAAAAACCAAAAUAGCGGUUGUUAGGACUUAGGAGACUUUGAUUUAGACAACUCCAAGGAGCACAAAUAAAAUAACCCCAAUUGCAUGCAUGAAUAUCCAUUGUUCAUUUGUUUGCUGAAAUUUGAAAAUGUUUUCUUUCAGGAGUCAUUUUCAAACCAUUUGGAGUUUUCUCUUCACAGUUUUGGACUUUGGAGUGUAGUGACUUUGUCUCAAUAAGGACCUUCUAUGAUCUUGAGUCACCAAUCAAAUGAAUACAAGAUUUUAAUCGAGAAUGCAAAUGCCACAGAAUAAUUAUGCAAAAAAUCAGUAUGACAUACUAAGCUGAAACUGAAAUCAGCUUAUAAAGAGGAAUGGUAGUUGGUGAUCAUAUAUAUACAUAGGUUUCAGCUCACUGCAAAUUGCACCAAUGACAAACAGAAAAGGAACAGAAUAUGAUACAAAGAAAGAUGUUUGUAAUAUUUUAUAAGGUAUAAAAAAAAACCUUUUUUUUUAAUUAAAAUAAGGUCUCCACUAAUCAGCUCUUUCUGAUCACCAAAGGGUAUACUAAAUUAACAAUGGCUGCUACUUCAGAUCAUCUUGCCGGCCAACCCCUUUCCAAAUCCAAUCAUAAAUCACCUUAAUCAACCCAUAAUUCAACACCCAAAUCCUCCAAAACAAAUGGGUCCAACUGGGUUUUCUCUAUACUCCACAUCUCAGUCCCCUUUCCUUUCUUCACCACUGUACAGGGAAAUCAGUAAAGCUCCGAUCUUUCAACUCAAUUUGAAGAAAUGCAAGCUGGAAAUCAAUUCCUCUUGCCUGGAGACUGUACAGAAGGAUAAAGGUGGAAUCUUUGGGUUCAGGACUUUGAUUUCGACGGUAACCGUUGAUGUUCAGAGAGCAGAGGGACGGCCGUUAAAUGUGCCGUUAAUUUCCCCUUUCACGAUUGCUUCAUCAAGGCUGGAUAAAGUGGAGAACGUGGCGAUUAGAGUGGAAUUGAGGAAUGGAAGUGUUGGGUGGGGUGAAGCCCCAAUUCUGCCGUUUGUAACUGCAGAGGAUCAACCCACAGCUUUGGACAAGGUGGCAGAGGCUUGUCAGUUUCUGAGGCAGAGUCCCCGGAAGAGUUUGUUCUCGGUUUUGGAGGAGAUUGGUCAACUUCUUCCUGGCCACCAAUUUGCUUCUGUCAGAGCAGGGGUUGAGAUGGCACUGAUUGAUGCAGCUGCAUCCAGUGUUGGAAUUCCUUUGUGGAGACUCUUUGGUGGUGCGUCAAAUACAAUCACUACUGAUAUAACUAUUCCAAUAGUUUCGGCUGCAGAAGCAGCUGAGCUUGCUUCUAUGUACCGAAAACAAGGGUUCAAGACGUUGAAGCUAAAAGUGGGUAAGAAUCUCCAUGGAGAUAUUGAGGUACUUCAAGCCAUACGCAAUUCCCAUCCGGAUUGCUCAUUCAUUUUGGAUGCAAAUGAAGGGUACACAUCCAGGGAAGCCAUUGAAGUUCUGGAGAUAUUACAUGAAAUGGGUGUGACUCCAAUCCUUUUUGAACAACCAGUUCACAGAGAUGAUUGGGAAGGUCUAGGUCAGGUCACUGCAAAUGCCAGAGACAGAUAUGGGGUGUCUGUUGCUGCUGAUGAAAGCUGUCGUAGUUUAGCGGAUGUUAAGAAGAUAGCGAAGGAAAAGCUUGCAAAUGUUGUGAAUAUUAAGCUUGCUAAAGUUGGAGUAAUUGGAGCCAUUGAAAUAAUUGACUUGGCUAGAGAAUCAGGGUUGGAUUUGAUGAUUGGUGGCAUGGUUGAGACUAGACUAGCAAUGGGCUUUGCCGGGCAUCUUGCUGCCGGCCUUGGGUGUUUCAAAUUUAUUGACUUGGAUACACCUCUUUUAUUAGCUGAGGAUCCUGUCCUUCAGGGUUAUGAAGCUUCUGGGCCAAAUUAUAAGUUCUCUAGUGCUAGGGGUCAUGGUGCAUUUCUCCACUGGAACAAUUUUGCCUGGUAAGUCCACAUUUUUUAAUUUCUGACAAGCAAGAUGUUUUAUUACAUGAACACUAUGGAGUUUUUUCCUCACCACCACGGUCAACUUAGCCUCUAUACAACUAGUUUAGGCAUACAUGUACGUGUAAUGUAGGCAUAUGUAUUUUGGAUUUACAUUAUGCACUUGGAUGAAGAGUGCUGCACGGGGCUAGUCCAGUAACUGUGACUUCGGUUAGUCCCCUUUAGGUUUGGAAGGAAAAUACUAGGAAGUGAGAAUGUAAAAAUGUUGUUUCUCUCUUUUCUGUGGACUUGAUAGCUUUUACUACUAUGAUUCAGACACCAGAAAUAAGUAUACAACCUUUUACUUCCUCCAGUCCUAUUCAUGCGGUUCUGCCUGUCGAAUUGGAAUUAGUUCAACUUUCUGCUGUGUGAAUAAGACUGGGGGGGAAUCAUCAAAGAACAUUAACAGAAAUUAGAAGACAUUGAUGACAUAGACGUACCAUGUAACAAAGCCAUUAUUGAACCAAAAAGUUCUCGAUUUGCUACUCGCACUAACUGUAACCUUACACAUUUAAAUCCCAAGAUAAACAAUUGAAGUCCGAGGAAAGAUAUAUUUGAAGCAGUUCAGUUUUGAUCAACUGAAUAACUACUUCCAAAAAAGAUCAACUGAGAUAACCAGUAGCACUCUGAUGCCUAUGAUCUUUGGGUAUCUAUGAUUAUAUUUUUUUUUGUAGUUACACAAACUUGCUUCCAUUAAAUACACAUCCCUCUUAACAGGGCUUCACAUUCCAGCGAGGUUUUUUUUUUUUUUCCUUUGUUUGGCUCUAAUGGAAACAAGUAGGUUUUCCAACUUAUCAAUACAUUGAAGAUGUCAAAACUUGCGCAAAAUUCAGCUAAUCGUUUUUUAAUCUACAGAGUUUCAACGGGUCUGCUGACUCUCUUCUCCCUGGGGGCAAAAUCCGGUGAUUCUGCCAGAGCAUUCCUGUCAAAUCAUCUGUGAUCGCUCGUUCUUACCAUGUUUGCCCUCCACUGUGAAUUGUGUAUAGCAGCGGUUUGGCUUUUAUCGACAUUUUAUCAUUGAGGAUCUUUAGUUCUCUUUGUACAAGUUGAUUCAUUUGUGCCUUCUUUGAUAUACUUGCUUGUUUUCCACUUGAACUACAUUACCCUCUUGAUGUAAUGAUCGUCUCUUGUACCCACACGUUGUAGUUUCAUAUGGUAUGCAUUGUAAAUGAAUAGUGGUUGAAAGAAUUUACUCAAUCUCAUGAAGUAUGCAGAUCAAUGUUAGGCAUCAAAGGGGCAACUUCAUUGCCCAUGAAGAAGGCAUGAUCAUUCAUCUUCUAGUCUUAAACGUUUCACAUUUGUUAUUUUUUCGAUUUACUUAUGAUGCAUACUAUACCAUAUUGUCAGAUUACUGCUCAAUGUUUUCACCCACCAUAUUAGAGGCCCUACAGGCCUACACCAGAAUCGCUACUGCUGGUCUUGGACCAUCGUCAGACCUGAUUCCGGCUAAAUGCCGGUGAUCUGGUCAGAUUUGGGUUGGUACAUUGGUGUCUGGUGAUAGACAUAUAUACUUUAAGGACAUGUACUAGUUGAAACAGUUUGGAUUUCCUACGUGAG